GGAACUCUUCGAUUUACACGACACCAACCGACACUCAAUGGCAGACCAGGCCAAGUGGCAAGCGCUCAUGAAGUGGACCAUGAAGCACACGGACGGCACGACACCAACCGAUGCCACACCUAUCUCAGAAGACAAACAACGAUUCCUGGAGAUGGUUAUGAACGAAGGCGUGAUCGACGAGAACGAGCGUGUGAAGGACAUUCUACGCAUCUUGGAAGGCGAAGAUCCGCGUCUCGUGUUUGCAAAGGAGGACGGAACCAUUGCUGAUGAAGGAAGCGAGCCCUCACCGGGAGAUCUGGCGGAGUACAAGAACACGCUGCUAGAUGAGCUGCUGACUCGCAUCGACCAGAUUGACAAUGCGCAGAACUUUGUAAAAAUGGGCGGUCUGCGCGUCAUGACAAAAGUCAUUCAAAACUACGAGCAGGCUUCUUCCCGUGCACUGGCGGCUGAAGUCUGCUCCGUCGUGGUGCAGAACAAUCCGUUCUGUCAGGAUGCCGCUGUGGAGAGCGGACUAUUGGAGGUGCUGUGCACGCUAGCGCGCGAGGACAAGGACGUCACAUGUCGCGUGAAGGCGUUGCUGGGCAUCUCGUGUCUGGUGCGUCAUCAUGCUGUAGCAGAGAAGCGAUUUCUCGGAGAAAGCUGCGAGGGGCUCGAGCUCAUGCGUCAGAAUCUGGAGAGCGCCACGGACAUCCGUCUCCAACGCAAGUCGCUGUUCUUCCUGCGGUAUCUGAUCCGUAACACGCGCACAACGGCGGAUCUGGUGCUUCAGAAGGGCUUUUUUAUCCAAUCAGCAGCGGCUUUUAUCACCAACGAAGACGUGGAUCUGUGUGAGAGCGCAGUGGAGGGUCUCGCGGAGUUCGCUAUGAUCGGCCCCGACUUCAUGGCGGCCUGCAAGAAACCCGAGUUUGACCUCAUCGCGAAAUGCGACGAGCGUUUAAAACAGAUUGACGCACUGGAGAGCGAGGACAAGGAGUACGCACAGGAGACCAAGGUCCGUGUGGAGUACUUGAAGAAGAUAGAUAACUUUGAGUACGCUUUCCGCAUUAUCACGUGCCUGCGUUGCGGUAUCCACAAGGUCAUUUACUUACUCGAGCGCCUUAAGUAA